CUCUGUUGUGGUUUUGGGCUGGGAGGAGAUGAUGAGGUUGUUAGACCGGGGAACAGUGAGACGGCGAUUGCUGUGAAAAUCGUUUGAUGAGUUGCGGUAUUUUUUGGCUGGGUGACAUUGCGUUAGAAGUGACUAUUCCCUCGCGAAAAAGUGCAGCGUUUGUGCUGCAGUGAUAUUUCGGGAUGGCGGACAGUCCGCCGGCUGGUAAAAUGGAGUCCUUUUGGUAUCAAAGGGAAAAGAAAUUAGACAGGCUUUUGCCAUAUUUCGACUCUGACAUGUUAAACUUGGAAUCUCAAACAAUAUUUGCUCAAAUUAAAGCCAAUUUAGGGAAAGCGAUUCUGCAUGGGGGGGCUGCCAUCAGCUUUUGGACCGCUCGUUUGAACAAGUUUAUUAGUAUUUAUGGCCUCCGCAUCUCAAAGAAAGAUCAUGUGUCAAUUAUCAAGCUUCUCUUCGACACCAUUGUUAUGAAUGGAACAGAGGAACUACUUGCUUCAGAACUUAUUAUGACUUAUCUGACUCUAUUGAAGCAUGAAGAACUUCUCUCUCCUGAUGACAUUCAACUGCCAUGGAAACCUCUUUAUGAAUUUUAUCGAGGCAUUGUCAAGCAGCCUGUUCGCUUCUUUCCACGAGAGUUUUUGGAUGUCUUGCAUACUUUUAUCAAAGGCUCCAACAGAUUCUUCACAGUGGACUCUACUGCAGAAAUUCUUGCAACCAUGAUGCCACUCAUAUCUCCUCUAGACAAGAAGAGUUUAUCCACCCAUUUAAGUGAGCUCUGUUUGUUCUUGCCCACAUUACCAUAUCAUGCUGUGAAUGGUCAAGGCUAUCAUCUUUGGAUGAAUGAUUUGUUGAUGUUGUGGGAUUCAUGCAACAACUCUACAAGUGUCAAUAUUACUUUGAUGGGCCUGAUGGCAAGGCUUGCUAAACACAAUGUUGGCCGCAUUGAUUGGGAGCCCCACAUGGAUGUGAUGUUCACACGCAUAAUGAGAAGUAUGAAGCUACCUGUUCUCUACAAAUCCUCAACUCAACCAAGAUCUUCCUACUCAGAAAGCCUUGAUAUACAACACUCAUCCAUUUGGAUUGUCGCAUGUUUGGGGGGAGGCAGUUCUGCUCAGAAUCACUUGACAGAUCUUCUGCGGGCUGUCGAGUCAUAUUUCAAUCCAGCCAAUACUGCAAGCUGGAUGGCUGCUGGUAAAUUGAGGAACGUUGUGUUUUCCCUGCCUGAUGCUGUUGUGAAAAGGCUAUUCUAUGAGAGGACCAAGGUACUAAAGUGGCAGGCUCCCAUUCCAAAAGAGAAAUGUCUAACAGAGGAUGACGUCACUGCCUUUGUGGAAUCAAUGUGUCCUAUUGUUAACCAAGUUUUGAUUGGCCAUCUGGCCUCUCUCACUAGUGCCUUUAGGCGUGUCCUGUAUUGCUUGGCUUGGUUACGUCCAAACAUCAUCAUCCCACCAAUUCUUGAAAGGUUGGUGACUGCCAUUACAAGUGAAACAGAACCAAUGCGGGUGUCUGCUGCCUUAGCUUGUUUGAGUGCAGUUGUGCGUCCAAUGGUAGAGGGAGCUCGAUUGGGUUAUCCUGAUGGUCCCUUGCAAAUUUCAAAUCUUCUGACCACAAUCAUACCUAUGGUUGACUUCAAUGAUCCAAUGAAAGCUAGAUGCUCAAUACUAAUUCUAGAGAGACUGCUCAAGUUUGUACCUCUGAUAGACUGCUCAGGAGAGAUUGGUUUGCAUAAAGAUAUGACGCAGGAAGAGGAAGAAAUUUGUCGUUCAACUGCCGAAUUUAAAGACUGCCUCAUGUUGAUGGUGGAUAGAGUUUUAUCGUUAGUGCGUUACUCAUCAUCCUCAACCCUUGUUUCCUUUGACAUUCGGGUCCAGUCUAUGACUGUAUCUGUUUUUCGAUUGACACUUCUACAAACACCUCCAGAGUUUUUCAAGGCUGCUUUGAACAAGCUGCAUCAUUUUAUAACUGACAACAUUACUCCAGGGCCAAUGCUUGGUCAUGUUGUUGAAGCUUUUGUACAUGUAAAUGCUGAAGAAACUUGGAAAGUUCUUCUUCCUUUAGUGACAGAUGCAAUUUUAAAUGUGACAGAAUCGGAGAAUGUUCAAAAGGAGGAAAUACUGAGUAGUGAACUAAUGCACCACCUUGGUUUACUGAAAGACUUAUUGGCUACAGGCCCCUUGAUAAAAUUGGUGCCUUAUAUGCCUACCCUGUCCAGGGUUUUGGAGUUCACCCUGCAUCUAGAAAAUUUAGAUGGACAUUUACUUGCUGCUCAAGUUCUGGAAAGAAUCGUUACACUAGCAUCAAAAAUGAUUAUUUCUAACUUCAGAAGUUCUGAAGCACCGUAUGAUUCUUCUCCAGGGUCCUACCUCCACAUUCGUGACUGGGGAAAAUCUGUUUCUGUCAAAGAUAUGAAAACAGAGUGGAUCAUCCCCGAUAAGGAAGCGAUUGCUUCUGUUCAAGAACUGAUCAACAAAUUUUUGCCUGCAGAGCUUCAGACAAUUGAAGCCUUCAUGAGUGGCAGUGACAAGAUUUCCAAGGAGGCUCUCCAGAGAUCACUUCGCAUCUUAAGAGCAGUUUUGGAAUGUCAGCUUCUGUUGCCAUUUUGGAAUGAGACUCCUUUACCGUUUGACAAAACCUUAGUACCAGAUCUAGUUGGCUUCAAAGUUGAGACUGGGCUGAGAGGUGAAUUAACCAUGCCAGAUGGUUCAAAUAUGCGACACUCUUUAAUAGCAUUAAUGGAACGACUUCAGGAAAAGAUACUUUCGAGUGCUGAAGAUGACACCAUUUCUUGCUGUGUUGUUAUUGAGAUUUGGAGGAAACUUCUCUUUCUUUCAGUAAAACAAGAGAGGGAAUACAGGCAUAUGACUCCCUGGGAAAGGGAUCCCAUUGCCCUUCCAAACCUCCCACGCCUUACUCUUCUCUUUGGCGCACAUGAACAUGCUGUCAAGCGAUGUGCUUUCUCAUCGGCACCUCUUACUGCAACUCACGCCAGAGGAUUGAAUUGUGUUCUUAAAUUUGCAACAAGUCACUACAGCAAGGUUCGGAUUUGGGCUCAAGCUCUAUUAGAUGAAUUUGAGGAUCACUACCAUGGUGUUCUUGUACAGAUGAUGCUACAGCCAUCCCUUUUGUCAAACUUGAAAGUUGAUAGUGUUGAGCAACAUGAGCUCUUCAAGGGCACUCUUUUUGUUAUGGCUGGUUCAAGCACAUUCUACAAUUGGAAGGUGUCAAGUGAUUUGUGGGUUGCACUUGUUCAUGCAAAGCCAACAGAAAAGCUGUCUGUCAUUAAAAAAAUUGGAGAUAUAACUAAAGCAAUGCUUUCUGGUCAGACUGAACAUGUAAAGCGAGAGGUUUCUGAUAAGGUGGUUGAAUCCAUUUUGGAACUUUGUGGUGAUAACUUGAUAUCACCAGAGCCUUUACUCGAUCGUUCCUACGUAGAAGCUAUUCGCGAGGAGGAAAACAAAGCCAAUGAAAUGUGGCUGAAAAAAUGGCAUGCUCUUCAAAUUGAGAUGGCUGAUGCAACGGAGUCUGGUUCAUUACAUUGGAGACAGAGCUAUCUGGCUGUGGGAUGCCUGAGACGUCUCAUUUACACUGUGAAUGAGAAGUGUUGUGCAAAAGCUGUUAAGUGCCUUCUCCAAUGUUUAGUUAGUGAUAAUAUUCACAUUCGAAAAGCUGCUCCUUUAGGCCUGGCAAUGAUAUUGCAGCAGCAGAGACCAAAGACCAAAUUUGUGUCUUACAAACGAGAAAGUUUAUUUCCCCCUGAAGGUCCAAAGGGGACUGGGGACAACAGGGUCAACGGCCAAUGGCUUCAAUAUGACAAGGGCAACUGUCCAGCGUCUGCUGCUGAUUGGAAUGCUCUGAGAUUUAUUCAUAAGGAAAAUCUCGGUUACAUCAAGUGGCCAGAGGAAGUAGAAAUUCCAUCUCCCAACAAUGAGCAAGCCCCCUUUGAUGACCCAUCUCAUAUAUUAUCUAAUGAAGAGAUGGAAGUGGACAAAUUUUUCCAGGAUGAGAAAAAUGUAGCAUCUCUUGUGUCCUACAUGGCACUAGAAAAGGCAACUUUUGAUGAUUGCUUCGUGUUGUUCAGCAAGCUGUUCCGUAAUACUGGAGACAAAUACCUCCCAUUGUUUCAACCACAUAUUGACAGACUGUUAGAAGAAAAGCUAGAAACUCAACAAAUGUUCUUGUUUGCAUUGUUAGCAGGCAUUAUUCAUGGGACAAAGCGCUGGCCUUAUGCUAAACUUGUUUCCCUCUGGGACUGGCUUGCCCCAGUGAUUGUGGCAGCCCAUGAAAAUUUGUGUGUUGUAGAUGAUCGUUCUCUAAGCCUGAUUCCCAGUAUGCGGAAGCGGGACCCCUACACGCAACACUGGCUCAUAGAAAUACUAAUGGAUGAUCCGUUGCGCGAGGAUGCAUCUGUUCUUGGCUGUCGGCGUCUUGAUUUGAUUGCCAGUAUUUUGUCAAUGAAAAAUUGGCGUGUUAUAUCUUUGUCACAUAGGGCGUUAGAUUAUGUGAAACCAUUCCUAUCUCAUCAUCUAAAGAAUGUUCGUAACAGUGUUGGAAGGCUUUUGGGGAAAGUUUUCCACACUGAUUUCCAGUUCCCUGGUGCCAAUCAGACUUUAGGACCUCACAUUGCUGACUUCUUUGCAUCUGUGAUACCACAAUUAGAGGUUUUGAAAUCCCUCAAUAUCACUGUUACUUCUAACAAUGCUGGAAAAUCAAAUGCUGAAAUUGACAAAGUCACAGAACAGUUAGGAAAAGUAGAUGUUGAUAGCUCUGAACAGGAUGAUGCCUUGCGUCUUUUUGAAACAGUCUCGGUCUGCAUGCAGCAAAUGUUGAGAGACUCUCCAGCAGCCAUGUUCCCUUGUUUUUAUGAGCUUCUUGAACUUAGCAUUCUCCUAGAAAAUGUUGCAAAGGAUAAAGAGCUGAGACAAGUGUGUGAAAGAAAUUUAGCACUUCUUGCUUCAGCUUUCACAAUGCCAAGUUGUGUGCCUGCUGCUUUAGAAGCUAUCUACAAGGUUGACAAUCAUCCAUCUUGGUCUAUGAGAGUGUCAUGUCUUGGCUUUCUCCAAGUCCUGGUGUUUCAAAAUAUGCCAAUAUUUUGUUCUCAACCCAAUUGGAUUCAAAAGGUAAUUGAUUUAGUUGUGCUGCGCUUGGAUGAUGCAUGGGUCGAAGUUCAACUCAAAGCUGGAGAAGUACUCAGUGGAAUGUUGCACUGUCACUUUAUUCCUAAUCCCUCCGAACUAAAGGAGAGGUUCAAGGAGAAAGCCAGUAUUCGGCUGUCACGCAAAUCACCGGAUCCGUCCAAAUUGCGAUUGCGACAUGGUGGCAUAAUUGGUUUGUGUGCAUAUGUUAGAGCAUUCCCUUAUGAUGUGCCUGAUUUUGUCCCUGAGGUUAUAGGAAUCUUGGGAGACCAUCUUAAUGACCCUCAUCCUAUAUCGAAAACCAUUCGAGACACCUUGAGUAGUUUCCAGCGUACUCACAUUGGUCAGUGGCAUUUACAUAGGCGAUGCUUUACUGAGGAGCAAUUAAAUGCAUUGAGCAACAUGGUCCUCCCGCCAUCCCAUUAUGUGUAAUCAUCAUUGUAAGUGACAUCCAGUAUUGUGUCAAAUUUGUCAGUGGUUUAACGUCUAUGCAGCAUACAGAUACACUUUGUCCUGUUUUCUCUUGUUUCCUGUUUCAUAUUCUCUUUAAAUCGCUUCAGAAAUGGUUUUAUUCGAGAAAUAAAAUAGUUUUCAUUGAAUCAUCAUUGUCAGUACACAAUGCAUUACGCUUCUUUUGUUUGUAUGAUAAUUUAUGUACCAGGAGUGUCAGAAGCAUCAUAAUGUUUUGCAAGUGCAUAGUAAUGCCAAACCUACUUCUUGCAAUGUAUUGGUGCUUCUAGCUCACCUGGUAUUGUUAGCUUUAAUGGGUGAGGUUGUUGAGUGUUGGACUUGUGCACUUAAAUAAUAUGUUAAGAUUUUUGAAGCAAAAUAUACUUUUUAAUUCAAUUUUACCCAAA